AUGAGAUUAGAGGAGAGGUGGUGCUCCACACGCUCCUCGCUGGGACAGAAAGCAGGUCAACCUAAAUUUAAGAGGAGUGCGCACAGCCAGACACCAGGGCCAUCAACGUGCUUUCAACAUAACUCCACAGAGAUGAACACUGAUGACUACAGCGAAGAUGAACUUAACGACUACAAUAUACAGCUCAGCAUCCAGAACUCCUGUCGAGAAGCUUUCCUGAAAUCCUCCGCCAGUUUAGCAGCGAGGACUGAUGAGAACCUGCGUGUCCUGGCGGCCAUCGAACAAGGUGAGGUGUGGAUGCUCAGGGAGUUGCUGCGACACACCUUUGCCUUCAGGGAAAUGGACUGUCGCGGGUGGCUGCCUCUGCAUCGAGCCGCAGCCCAGCCGCUGGUGGAGGUCCUGGAGACUGUUCUGACAUUGGCAGCCAAGGGCCCCAGUCUGGAGGAGAGGACGGCGGUGGGGGGAGAGACACCGUUAACAAUAGCUGUAAAAGCCGGAUGGGUGAAGAACGUGAGGAGCCUGAUCAAACAUGGAGCCAAUCCCCACAACACCAACAGCAAGAGCGAGACCCCACUGCUGCUGGCUGUCCGAUCCGGAUCCUAUGAAAUGAGCCACUUGCUGGUGACUCAGGGAGCGUGGGUGGAGCAGAUCUGCAGAAAGCGGUGGACAGCUAUGCACGAAGCCGCUAAAGUGGGCGACCCGGACAUCCUGAUGCUGCUGCUGCGAAACGGGGGCCGGGUCAAUCAGAAGGACAUCACCGGGACGACCCCUCUGGCUGUGGCGGCAGAGAACGGACACUUCCACAUCAUCGAGAUCCUGGUGAACUGCGGCAGCAAAGUGAACUCUCAGGCCUGUAAUGGGGAGAGCGUUCUGUUGGACGCAGCAGGAUCAGGAAACACGGCUUGUAUUAAGUUUCUUCUGGACAACGGCGCCAACCCAAACCUGCACAGCGCCACGGGACAUCUGCCCAUCCACAAAGCUGCCUACGCCGGGAAUUAUGAGGCCCUGAAGAUCCUCAUCCCCCUGACCCACAAGAAAGCCAUUAAAGAAGCAGGACAAAGCCCGGUCCACUCCGCGGCAGAGGGAGGCCACAGCCGCUGCCUGAAACUCCUGCUGGCCUGCGGAUUCGACGUCAACUACCGAAUGAACACCAGAAACGCCGAAAACUACCGCGACAUGAGGAGGAGCGCGCUGUACUUUGCUGUUUCCAACGGUGACGUGGACUGCACCAAGGUCCUGCUCGCUGCCGGGGCCAAGACGGACCUGGACCCGCUCUGCUCCCUGCUGGUGGCGGUCCGGUCGGGGAGGUACGAGAUCGUGAAGUUGCUCUUGGCGGCGAAAGCGGACGUGAACUGUUACUUCAACGUGGUGAGCGAUACGGUCUUUCCAACGGCGUUGCAGUACUGUCUGAAAGAUGAAGUGAUGAUGAGGUUGCUGCUCAACAACGGGUACAAGGUGGAGGCGUGUUUCCGGUGCCACCACGACAGCGAGCCUGGGGAAGCCUGCGACGAGGAGGAGAAAAUACCGUUCUGUGAGUUCAUGAGUCUGUGUUGCAUCGUGCACCUGGCGGGCAGAGUGGUCCUGACCCUGCUGGACUACGUCAAACACGUGCACAUCUGCUCCACGCUCACACUCAUCCUGAAGAAGCAGAAGGAGUGGCCCCAAAUAUGCCUCAUUCAAAGCAGCCCCCGCUCCCUCAAGCACCUGUGUCGGCUGGAGAUCAGGAGCCGUCUGACCCUAAAGAGACUCAACAAGCAGGAGGUCAUGAGCCUGUUCCCCCCCAGGCUCAAGAGCUUCGUCCUGUACCAGGAGCUGGACCUGUACAGCCGGGACCCCCACGGCCUGCUCUAG